AUGGGCUGUGGCUCUGAGCGGCCCCACAACUGGGGGUGGCGGCGCAGGGACGUUUCCGGCGGAUCUGGUCAUCAAGAACCACCAGAGCAUCCGGGCCGAGGUGGAGGCGCGCGCCGACAGCUUCGAGGCCUGCGAGGCCCUGGGGCGGCCGCGCUGCUGCAGGGGGGGCACCACGCCGCCGACCACAUCUCCCAGCAGCUCUCCCACCUCCGCGAGCGCCGUCAGUUCAUCUCUGAGCGCUGGCAGGAGAAGAUGGACUGGCUGCAGAUCGUGCUGGAGGUGCUGAUGUUCGGGCGCGAUGCCGGCGUGGCCGAGGCCUGGUUGGUGUCGCAGGAGCCCAUCGUGCGCUCGGCGGAGCUGGGCAGCAGCGUGGCGGAGGUGGAGAAGCUCCUCAAGAGGCACGAGGGCUUCCAGAAGGCGGCUGCGGCUGGGAGGAGAGAUUCGCCGCGCUGGAAAGGCUCACCACGCUGGAGGAGAAGGAGAAGCGGCGGCGCGAGGAGGAGGAGGCGAGGAAGAGGAGACCCCCCACCCCACCCCCCCAGCAGCCUGAGCCAGGGGGGGGGCCCCCCCACCGAGCCCCCCACAGCUCUGAAUGGGGCGGGGGGGGAGGAAACGCAGCGGACCCCAGCCCUGCAGAGCCGCCCCAUGGCAGUCAAUGGGAUUUGCCCGGACAGCACGGUGCCGCAGGUGCCAUCGGGGCCGGCGCUGGCCAAUGGGGCGCAGGAAAAGGCUCCCAGCCCGGGGGGGUCACCUCGAGGCCGCCCCCGAGGGGGGGUCCCGGCCGCCGACCCCUCCCACGCAGCCACGCUGCCCCCCCGCGGCCCCCCGGCCCCCGAGAGCCUGGAGGGGGGGCUGUGCCGGAAGCACGAGAUGGAGGCGCAGGGCAAGAAGGCCCCGAACCGGUCAUGGCAGACCGUGUACUGCGUGCUGCGGGGGGGGCAGCUGAGCGUCUACAAGGACGCCAAGAGCGCGGCCCACGGCGCCCCCUACCACGGGGAGCCCCCCGCCUGCCUGCGCGGCGCCCACUGCCACCCCGCCACCGACUACAAGAAGCGCAAACACGUCUUCAAACUGGGGCUGAGCGAUGGCAAGGAAUACCUCUUCCAGGCUAAGGAUGAGGCAGAGAUGGGCGCGUGGCUCCGCGUCAUCCACGCAGCAGCCGCUCCGGUGCCGGGGGGGGGCGCGAGAAGGGCAGCCGGCGGUGGGAUCGGUGCCGGGGGGGGGGCAAAGGGAUGACGAGAGCCAUGAGCAUGCCCCCCGUGCCCCCCCCCCCGGGGUGAAGGGCCGCCCCCGCUGCGAGCCCGCGAAGGGAAGGAGAAGGAGAGGGAGAAGAGGUUCAGCUUCUUCAAGAAGAACAAAUAGGGGAGGGGGCGCUGAAAAUGGGGGGGGGGGAGGUAAUAAAAGCAAGGGGGCCCGCAGAGCUGAUGGAGGGACUCGGCCGGGGCGGUGUGGGGCGGUGUGACCCCCCUGCCCCCCCACAGAGCCGCUGUGCCUUCCUGCCCUGGGCUGCGGUCCCUGUGACGUCCCUGCGGCCCCACGGCGCUGUGCUGAACCCAAAUAAAGCGGCUGGAGAGAG